CAGGCAUAAGCUCACCAAUUCUGUUCAUUCCAGUAAAGAAGCGGAAGGCUGUUUCUCCUGUAGCUUCUUGGUUCAUCCCUGGUCCCGCACAUCGUCCACGGGGUCUUGUUCUAGGUAGGUGGUACUGUACUUGUGGCCUAGUGUACCUAACCUAAGGCAGGCAGGUACUUUACCGUCCCCAUCUCCCCACGAUUCAUCUUGUACCGCGUUCCUAGCAGCAAAUCCUUUCGGUGUGGUGUCCUGCGUCCAGCGGCCAGCGUCCAGCGUUCCCAGUCGUGGUGUCCAUUUUGCUACUAAGAGACUCCACCGUCUCACCUCCCUAUCCCCCACGACCAUCUUCCACUUCUUCUUUCCCUUUUUCCCUCACACACACCCCCCGACUCCGCCAUCCCACCCAGCAUCUCUACUGCUCUUCGUCUUGUUCGACCUUACAAUUCAUUCUACCUAUUAUAGGUACUGCUCACCCACCGCUUCCGAGUUGUCGAACACACCAAAUCUCCACUCUUCUUCUUUUUGUGUUUCUGCUGUCAUCUUUGCCAUCUUAGUUGGCAAGAUCGGUGUUCUCGUGGACCUGCUUUCUUAGUCACCAAAGAUACCAACUACCUACAACAAUCCCCAACGAAGACGACGAUUUACGAAACCACUCGCCCAUCACUCUGAAGAGGACCCAUGAUUCAUCUUUAUACAAAUACUCAACCAACCGCGCGCCCGUCCAGAUUCAUCAACCGAGCCUACCAGCGACGAAUCUAAAGAACAGCAAAAAGCCAGCGCCGGAGCCCCCGAGAGGCUGACCUAGUCAACGCCAGUAGUCCGCCUUGAGUUGCCUAUCACCGGAUAAAUCACCAAGAAGGAACAUCUAAACGUAGAAAACAGAGGGAACCACCGCCACCAUGCCUGGAAUAUUACCCAUGAAGGUGAUCAAGGUGGGCACCAGCUCGCAAAGCCGCAUAGCACAGGCCUGCGACCGGUGCCGGAGCAAGAAGAUUCGUUGCGAUGGAAUCAGGCCGACAUGCUCGCAAUGCUCCAACGUGGGCUUCGAGUGCCGCACAAGCGACAAACUGAGCCGUCGCGCAUUCCCCCGCGGCUACACAGAGUCUCUCGAGGAGCGCGUGCGUCAGCUGGAAACUGAAGUCAGGGAGUUGAAGGACUUGUUGGAUGAGAAGGACGAAAAGAUUGACAUGCUGUCGAGAAUGCACGGAAACCACAGCCACACGACCAUGCGCAGCCCUUCCGUCGCGACAUCGGCGCAUUCACCCGCGUCGGCAUCAGACGGAAGAAAGGAUGCCGGGGCGCCGGCCAAGGAAGAUACUUUCCGCGUGCAGGCGUCGCCAUUAUUACUGGGUGUCGAGAACUCGGAUUCAUACUUCAUGGGCCCUUCCAGCGGCCGUGCCUUUAUCGAGGCUUUCAAGCGCAAGAUGCAAGAAAAUGGCAAGUCAUGCUCGGAUUUCAACCCGGAAGCAUUUUUGCAUAUCCAGGGGUGCCAUCCCUUGACACCAAAAACGCCUGAUCAGUCACUCAAAGUGCCGCCGCGUUUGUUCUCAGAUCGCUGCGUCAACGUUUACUUCCAAGAGUGGGCUCCCUUAUUCCCAGUCUUGCACAAGCCGACAUUCCUCCACAUUUAUGAGGAGUUUGUAUCAGACCCGGAAAAGGUGAAGAAUAACCACAAAAUCGCCCAGCUGUACCUUGUCUUUGGCAUCGCGGCAUUGGGCAGCGACCAGCCCGAUCUCGAGCAGAUCGCGGCGUGUGAGCAACAAUGGCAGCGAGCUGUCGAGGCUGUCCUUAUGGAAAACACCAUGGUCACCCUGCAAUGUCUCGAGUUGGCUCUGCUGUACUGCAUCGUGAGAGCGGAUUACAAGCGCUUGCAGCACUACAAGGGCAUUGCGGUGGGUUUGUCCCACCGCCUCGGCCUCCAUCAGAGCCAGAAACGCUUCUCCUUCGGCGCGCUCACUAUCGAGACCCGUAAGAAGGUGUUCUGGACUCUGUACACAUUGGAUUGCUUCUCUGGUGCCAUUCUUGGACUGCCGAAACUGCUCAAGGAGGAUGAGAUUCACACUGAGUAUCCUUCAGACACAGACGACGAGUACGUCACAGAGAAGGGCUUCCAGCCAACGCUCCCUGGCGAAUACACCCGCUUGUCGAGCGCGCUCGCCCUCUUCCGCUGUUGCCGAAUCCUAGCCAAGGUGAUGGAGAAGAACUAUCCCGCCGCCACUUCUCACGAGUUGUCGCUGCAGUCAAUGUCUGCCAUGGAGGCUGAGCUCGACGAAUGGAACGAGUCACUCCCGACACAUCUCAAGCUUACCUUUAAGCAAGAUAAGCCUUCGACCGAUGUAACCGGAAGCCGGUCGCCAUUGCUUGCUCUUGCCUACUACUACACCAAGAUCCUCAUCUACCGUCCUGCCGUUGGCUCCUCGCUCGGUCGCAAGGCCGCGCCUGCUUUGAUCUCCAUCGGCGAGUCCAGCAAGCACGUUGUUCAGAUCGCCCAACUGCUCGAGGAGCGCAGCAUGACCUUCUCCUUCUGCCUCAACAAGACGGACACUCUCGUUCUCUGCGGCAUGACCCUCAUGUACCAGAGCUUCGAGCUCAAGCCGGAAAGCAAGAUGCUAAAGGACGUCGAGCGCCUCGUCAACAGCGUCCUCCAUAUUCUCACAAAGGCCAAGGCACCUGGCUCCUUCGAUCUCAAGCGUGUGGCCGGUCUGCUCAUUCGACUCGACGAGCAGAACCUGCCCACUCCGCCACAAGAGACAUCCGAGGCAUCCGCGUCCAUGCCCGCACCGCAAAGGGCUUCGCCGCCUGCGCCAGCGAUCAAGAAGAAGUCUCCUCAACGGACUCUGGGUCGUCUUCCGAGUGCCGCUGCUAGCGAGAGUGACUUGAUUCAGCAACAGGAGAAGAUGCGCCGGAUGACCAUGCCUAGCAUCCAGAAUCGCCCAGAACUUUACCGUUCCCGUUCGAAGCCGUCAUUUGACAACUUGCAACAGCAACAGCAGCAGCAAGACGUCCCCGCACGGCGAGAUCAGCGUCUUUCCAUGUCACAAAUCACCAGUCGCAUCCGCACGUCCUCCAAGCAGAACCUCGACUAUCUGUCUCUGAAUAGCACACCAAACGGCUCAUCGCCUCCAUCGCCAACUACAGCCCGUCUACACCAGCACAUCCUCGCCGCAGCGCACCAGAGUCUUUACGCACAACAGCAGCAGCAACAACAUCAGCCACAGCAACCACAAAAGGUGUCUGGCGUAUCUUCCUCUGAAUGGGAGGCCCUUCUUGGCUCCAUGGACGGCGGCUUGAACAAUGUCUACGACGCAAUCUACGGCGGGGGUGGCGGCGCUAUCCCCAACAUGGGGGAGACGCCCGCGUCAUCAUCGACAGGGCUGGACAGCUGGAGCCCCGAUAGCUGGGACCUAGCCAACUUCAAUAUCGGCGACUUCGGAACGAACCCGGCACCGCCGCAGAGCGUCUUGAGCGUUAGCGAGGAGAGCUUGUCCUCGGGCGAGGACUUGGCGACGAGUGAUUUGAAUCUGAGCGUCAGCAGUCUGGAGUACCGGAACGCGUUGCUCGCGUCUUGUAGCGGGAACGGGAACAACGAUGGGUUGUUUUUGGAUGGCCUUGAUGGGAAUUACGGACUUUAAGCGCAAGGGUGUUUCUUGACGGCGUGAUUUGGAGGGUUUCAAAUAGCGACGGCUUUGGCUUUGUUGUAUGUAGGAAUUUUCAGGGGUUUAUAUAUCUGAACGGCCAGAUGGAAAUGGGACACCUAGCUCUUGGACAUGAAUGAUUAUCUCUUGUUAUUCUUAAAUGAAC